AUGCGAUCAACAAAUCUGUCAACUACAAGUACUUUGAAUAGCGGCACAGGAAAAGGAACACUUUCGACAACGUCCAAUUCUGGUGCGGCGGGUAAACGAACAAGUGCACCUAAUCAAACAGCACAAAGUGAAGCAGAAAAGUUCUUAACGCUUGGAAUUUCACAUCACGAAUCGGGAGAUUUGAGUAGAAGUGCAUUUUACUUUGAACGUAGUGCAAAGAUUGAAGGUGGAUGUGUGGUAGGGAUGUGUAUGUGGGGAAUGGCCUUGCGUGAAGGCUGGGGCGUACGUAAAGAUCAAAAGCGUGGAUUUGAAUGGAUCAGUAGAGCUGCUUCAAGGGCGGGUGAUUUGAUGGCAACCAGUAAUGGAAAAACAAGAAAUGAAGCUGAACUUAAAGCGAUUCGAUCGGAAUUGAAACUUUCAGUUUAUGAACUUGGAAAAUGUUUCUGUUAUGGUUGGGGCGUCAAGCAAGACAGACAGAUGGCAUUGGAGUAUUUCGAAUUGGCGGCUAAAUUGGGUGAUGCGGACGCACAAGCAGAAGCAGGUGCUUUGUUAGCAGCAGGAAAAGGAUGCAAGAAAGAUUUAAAGAAGGCCGCGAUGUAUUAUCGAAUGGCAGAAGCACAAGGAUACGAUACCGUUGGAUUAUCAUGGAUCCAUAAAGACAAAUAUGAUCCUGUUUCUGUUGGCAAGACCAAAGGUGGCAGAUGA